AUGUCACUCACAGACGACUCGAGUCUCAAAGCGUUCGAACAGAGCGAGUCGGCCAAGCCGAGUGUUUACAGGCUUGCUGGAGACCGUGGCAUUUACGCAUCAAGGCCCCUCGUCACGCCGAGAAAUGACGGCCGUUGGGCGCUGUGCGACUUUGGCUAUGCACAGCUCGGCUCGCCGACUGGCCGCGUACGGCGAUGCCACUGUUCCACAGCUGUGUCACUGACUUCUGCCCAGAUCUGGGAGCUGUUUAAAGGCAAGCCCCUCUUCGACGAGAGACUACUGGAUGGCGGCGUGUCAAGCGCGGCUCCUGUGGCUUGGCUGAUCGCUUUGCUCGGUCCCCCGCCAAAGGAGUCACUCACGCGCGAAUUCACGGCGGACAUCCUUCCUGCAAUCACACUGGAAGACGAAGAGGGAAAUUCUGAAGGGGAGGAGAAGGCUGCGUUCCUCCGCUUCAUACGGAGGAUGCUGCAGUGGAAGCCCGAAGACAGGAAGUUGGCUGAAGAGCUCCUGGAGGACCCGUGGUUGCAGGCUCAAAAUCCGCACCGCCUCAUAGUCCCUUCAAGGGAAGUCCCGGGAGGAUCGGAAGCUGGGGCGGUGUCGCAAGGGUAG